AUGGAUUCCAGAUCCAACCAACAGCGAAAGCAUCCACCACCCGCUUCACCUCUUCCCUCCCAUCGCUCACCGGCCUCGCCCGCACCCGCAGCAGACGACGACGACGGCGGCGACGGCGACAGCGAAAAUGACAACGGCGGGGACGACACGCCCGAGCUGCCCCUGACCAUGUCGGCGUCGGUCGUGCUCGCCGACCUGCCGCGCGAUGCCGCCGCCGCGCUCGCCAGCGUUGCCGCCUUUGGGCCCCUCGACAAGGUCGUGGUGCGCUUCAAGCCCGUCGGCGCGGCCCCGGCGCUUGCGCAGGACCUGUGCAAGAUCACGGCGACGCGCCGCUUCGAGGAGGUGGUGCGCUACCUUCGCCGCAAGCUGCGCUGCGGCGACACGGACAGCGUCUUUCUCUACGUCAACAGUGCCUUUGCGCCCUCGCUUGACGAGGUCGUGGGCAACCUGCACCAGUGCUUCAAGAACGCUCAAGAUCAGCUCGUGGUGGCCUAUUCCAUCACCCCCGCUUUUGGAUGA